UCUUGUUCCUCGAUUGGAAGUGUGGGAAUCGAGAUCUCUUCUUUGACGAUUUGCUUUGUUUUCGGUGAUCAAAUUAAAUGCAACUCUGUCAGUUAUUUCCCUCUUGGAUCGGCCACAUCUUCUCCUGUAUGGGGUUUCUGUGGACAUUAUUGCUCUACUCUUAUGGGAAAGUUGAAGGAUAAAUUCAGGACUCUUUGUUGCAGCAGAAGUUGCCUUGGAUGCUGUGCUACUCUCCCGCUUUCAACCGUGGAUGAGCCAUCCAAGGGACUGGGUAUUCAAGGCAAGUCAGUAAAUAAACCAAGCUAUUCAGAGGAUUUUUGGAGCACCAGCACGUGUGAGAUGGACAAUAGUGCAGCUCAGUCCCAGAGAAGUGUAUCCUCAAUGAGCACAUCAAAUCCUCUCCUAGAUCCCCACAAUAGUGCUUGCAGCACCAGUAAUCGUACUGAAUUUGUAAAUCAUGGUCUCCUUCUUUGGAAUCAAACAAGGCAGCAGUGGACCGCAAAUAAGACUUCCCAGAACAGUGCACAAAUUCGGGAACCCAAACUAAGUUGGAAUGCAAGUUAUGAGAAUUUACUUGGGACCAGCAAACCUUUCCCUCAGCCGAUACCUCUCGCUGAAAUGGUAGAGUUUCUUGCUGAUAUCUGGGAACUAGAAGGGUUGUACGAUUGAGCUGGAAAAGCGAUGAUAACAUCUUAAUACUGGAGUAGUUCUUUAGAGUUGUAACAUUAGUAUGAUUUGGUACAGAAAAAUAGAUUGCUUUAGUGUGGAAACCAUUGACUGUAUUCUAGAGCUCAUUGUGCAUAUUGUGUUCAGAUUUCAAUGUCAAUUUACUUCUGAGAUUUAUUAGUGUGUUACUUCUUGCUUCGCAUUAA